GUGCCGUGCCGCGCCGGCGUCCGUCCGCGCCAUAAUCCAACUUUAGUGGACAUGUUUCCGUCACCUGGACGGCCGACAUAAAUUUGGCAUCCUAUGCAAAUAUAUGCUGACGUAAAAGAUCAUGUGGUUUUUGUCGUCGAUCCCCCCUCUGAGCAGAGGAGCCGUUCCUCUGCUGUUGUCUUUAGGUUAGCUAUGCUACUAUCUUUACUGUACCCUGCGCUAGCUAUAUGCGCCCCGCACCGCACCACUCUGGAUCUGUGGGAAUAACAGAGUUGAGCCUCCGCAGCCUGCGCCCGCGGACUCCACGCAGACUCACCUGGAGAUUUCCCAGAGUGCCGCCGGGCCGAGGACCGCCCCCACGAGGGAGACCAGAGGGAGGUACGGAGCCAGCGAGCGUCCGACGACCGAUUGGAGGAGGUGGAGCCACAGGAGGAGCCCCCCCGCCCCGCCCCCCUCCCUCGUCUUCUCCUUCAAGGAAGUGCAGUCCAGUAGUGAUGCGUGAGUCGGACCCGCGGGGCUUUUGUGGAAUUAUUUGACCCGACCCGACCCGACCCUACCUCCUGAACGCCGCCGCCGCCGUCUGUGAUGCCCUCCCAUGACGCCCUGGUCGGUAGCUGACACUGCCAGUGAGCGGGACACGCCACUGCACCACCGGACCUGGGCCGGCGCCGCCAGCCGGUUCUCGCCCUCCCUCUUGCACACUGGAGACGCCGCCUCCACCUCCACCCUCCCACCAGUACCCGUCGCCAUCAGCUCCCGGCCCCCCCCAGUAGGUUCGCUUUGAUAACCGACACGCUGUCGUCCUCAGCCAGCACCAGCAGCAGCAGCAGCCAAAAACCACCAAACUUUAAUCAGCUUCAGCACCAGCACCGCCAUAAUUGCCACCAGCAGCAGCAGCAUCCGUCAUGUCCAGCCGUAGGAAGUCCUCCAACCCCUGCAUGGUCCGGGUCCUCAGCGACCUGCCCGAGGAGCAAGAGGAUCCGGGGGAGGUGAUGGACGUGGAAAUGUCGGCGGACAACGACGUGGCCGAAAAAGAGCAAUCAGACUCGCCUAAAUCCGAAGAAAUGCAGCAGGAGAGUUCGGAUAAUCCAGACCAGCAGACCGAUCCAAAAGCAGAGGAAACCCAGAAGCCAACAGAACAAAAGGAGUCGGAGGAUGACGACCGGCCUCCCGUUGUUGAAGACACGGAGAAGGACCGGGACGCGGCAGAAUCCGACCCCACGAAGAAGCAGACCAGAGGCUACGAGUGCAAAUACUGCCCGUUUUCGACGCAGAACCUGAAUGACUUCAAAGAGCACGUGGACUCGAGCCACCCCAACGUCAUUCUGAACCCGCUGUACCUCUGCGCCGUCUGCAACUUCAACACCAAGAAGUUCGACUCACUCACAGAGCACAACGAAAGCCAGCACCCGGGUGAGACCAACUUCAAGUUCAAGAGGAUAAAAAUGAACAAUCAAACUGUUUUAGAGCAGACAAUCGAAGGCAAGGACAAUUCAGUUGAAUGCGAAGAGACAAAUGAGCAAGGCGACGACAGCAGCAGCAGCGUGUUUCCGCCUUGUAUAUCCACCACAUUAAAAACUCCGGACAGUAUUCAGCCGCUCUUCCAAGGCGGUGAACUCAAAAGCCAGCUGGACGGUCUAAUCCAAAAAGAUCAGAUCACAGCCGUAAACAUCAACGGAACAGUCAUUAUCCCCGAACCCACCAUCCUCCAAGGGCUUUCCCAUGUCACCCCGAUGCUUCAGCGCCCACCCAACUUUAACUCAGUACCAAAAAUAGCUGUUCCCUUGAACACCACCAAAUAUAACCCUUCUUUAGACGACAACCUGACACUGAUCACCUCCUUCAACAAGUUCCCUUACCCGACGCACGCCGAGCUGUCCUGGCUGACGGCGGCGUCCAAGCACCCGGAGGAGCAGAUCAAAGUCUGGUUCACUACCCAGAGGCUGAAGCAAGGCAUCACCUGGUCCCCAGAGGAAGUGGAAGAAGCCAGGAAGAAGAUGUUCAAUGGCUCCAUCCCUCCAGCACACCACACCUUCACCGUCCUGCCUACGAGUCUCAUCUCGCAGCCGUCUGCCAAAGCCUCCCAGCAGCCGAUCGUCCACACCACCGUGGAGCAUCCGGGUCAUGUCCGAAUAAGCACAUCCAACGGGAUACAUCAAGCCGCCUCCACUAAUGCUUCCACUGGCUCCGCCCUCAAGCGAUCCUUGCCGACUCCAGCGCUUGGCCCAGAGUCGAAGCGUCCAGUUAUGGCGGUCGCCCCUCAUUCUGGUGACUCCAGAGACAAAACUCUAAUGGCUCCCCCUCCUCCGCCUCCGCAAAAAGAACGCCUCCCAAUGGCUCCGCCUCCUGUUCCCAUGGAGAUGAAGAGAAGUGUAGCUUUUCCUCUGGUCAGCUCAGAGAUAAAGAGGCCAUCCGCUGCUGUGCCUUUAAUGCCACCGCCAUCAUCAUCAUCAUCUUCAAUGUCCAAAGGGAAACUCCUCCCAACACAGGGGAAUCCCAAAACCAAGCCCUUGGUGUCGCUGCCCUCCAUAGUCUUUCCAGAAUCCUUAACGAGGCCUACGAUAGCUCCGCCUCCUAUUUUUGCCCCACCAUUUAAAAGCCCCAUACUUGUUCCGCGCAUCUCUUCCAAAGAAAAGCAUCAUGCUCUGCCGGCAGCUGACGCAAAGCUGCCGAACUCUCCUCCACUCGUCGGUCCUCAGACAAGGAGGCCGACCAUCAUUCAGUCGAUUCGAGCUCCAGCUAAAACCCUGUCCCAGAUUCCAGGGUUUUCUUUGGAUGGCAAGAAACUAAAAGAACAACCAGGAGUAGAGCUGAAUGUCGGCUACCCCAGAGGAGAUCAGAUCCUCUCUCCACUGGCAGAGGCCAAUGGGACAUCACGCUGCGAUGCCAAAUGGUCUAACGACCAACUGUCACCUGCUCAAAACAACGGAAUCGUCCAUUUAGACGGAGGUGACCUACCAAAAACAGACUAUCAGCAGAAGGCCUCGGUGCUCACUCAGUUCCCGUUACUGGAGCGAAUGAAAGGAAAGACGGCAGAGCAGCUGAAGGUCCUGGAAGAGAACUUUAUGCGAAACAGCUUCCCUACCCACAGCGAUGUGGACAAUCUGGCGGUGACCACCCGUCUGUCUCCCCAGGAGAUUGACAGCUGGUUCACAGAACGCCGAGCACUACGUGACAACCUGGAGCAGGCGCUGCUCAACUCGAUGGGCACUAAGCGAAUGGGAACCAUUCCAGAGAAACGAGUCAUCAGCAGCCGACUUCUACAGCUGAACGGGAUUCACAAACCGAGCACCGGCGUGGGCCACCUGAACAGCCCACCUCCACCCUCACACCUGCCUGUCAUCGCUCCCGGCGCCAUCGCCCCCUCCGUCCCCAACCCCUGCUCAGUGCCUCCAGACAGCCGAUCCCUGGCGCUCCUCAAGGACGAUUUUGCUCAAACACGGUGGCCUUCCCCUGAGGAGUUCAGCCAGAUGGAGGGUCGGACAGGACUCGUGCGCACCGACAUCGCUCGUUGGUUCAGCGACAGUCGGUCAGGGUCGCAGAGCGGCGGCAUGGACCUAACGGAAGCUCUUCACAACAGCGGUUUGAACGGAGGUCAGGGGUUGACUGUGUGUUCCCCUGAAAACACGCCCUCUGGUAUCCUCCAGCGCUGUCAGGACGGAGCCGUCAACAACAACAACAACAACAGUAAGGUGUUGGAGGUGGAGCUGGGCUGGUUGAUGGAGCAGCGAUCCAAAAAGCCUGGCAGUCAUCAGCACGAGGAGCUCCAAGAACGGUUCAGCGGCAGACUGAGGCAGCAGAGCGCCGCUGAGCUGAAGAACGGUGGGCAGAACGGCGGCGUGGGCGUGGCCAUGGGCGUGGCCGGAGCUCGGGACGUGUUCGGGACCUGGAUGGAGGACGGACACUCGAGGAGAGGCCGAGACCUGCUUCUGGACCGGGACCGGAAGAUGACGGAGGACGCCACCGGGAGGCUGACCGGAUAAAACG